AUGGUGUCCGUCAUACGACGAAUAAUAGCUAAGCACAUUUUCACCGGACUCGAAGUAGAUUGCUUCGGGGACAGCAUCAUCAAGCAUGCUUCAGUAAAGCCAAUCGACAGCUGGCUAAGAGGAGUCCGCAGUCGUCUGUUGACAGGAAUUCCCACCUCUUCCCUUCGGCAGAGCCGGUUCAGUCUCGGCUAUCCCAUUCCACACCUUCAGCAGCCAAGGCCCGGCCGACGUCUGUCGAAACAGACCAGUCUGAAGCUUCUCAUUGGCCAAGAAGAGAUCCACGGAUCAAGGUCCGAGCCGAGUAGUACCGGCGAGUUCGCCUGUCGGAGACGACCAGGCCGAACAAGAUGUGUCUGGUCGAGUCAUUCUGAAAAAGCUUCUAGAACUGACCCACAUACGGAUUUGCUGUGGAAACAGGCACAAGACAAAAGGGAGGGAAGGAGCAAGGUGAGCGUGAAACUGGUGGGUGCGGAGACGAGGCAAACGAGAAAGGUAGAUUUUCCGUCUGAUGAGAAUAUGGAAGAGGCAGGAGGCUCUGAAUCGAGACCAGACAAGCACCAUCAAGCGGAUGAAAAGCAAGAGAACAAAGCGAACAGACCCAAUAGACAGAAAAAUGUUAUCCAAAGGCACACGAUCUUCAAUAGCAUCAAAUCUCCCAGAGAAUCCCAAGUCAGGCCCCAUCACUAA